AGAACACCACUGCUUAUCGUCAACACUGAGAAGCACCAACCUCCAAGAUGCUGAGAUUUGUCACCAUUGCCUGCCUUGCACUCUGCGUUGCUGCAGAUAGUGACUACUCCACAUACGGUGGAAAUGACUACUAUCCAAAGGGAGUGUAUAAUUAUGGUCUUGGAGGUGGCAUCGGUGGAGGAUUUGGUGGUAUCUCAGUAGGAAGUGGAAUUGGUGGUGGCAUAAGCGGUAUCUCUGUCGGAAAUGGAUUGGGUGGUGUUUCUUUCGGAACCGGCUUAGGAGGAGGCCUUUUCGGUGGGCUCAACACCGGUUUAUUCGGAAUCGGUGGUGGUUCAGCUGCCUCCUCCGCCGCUGCUGCUGGUGGUGCCGCUGCCGCCGCUGCUGCUGCUGCCGCUGGACGUAAUGCUGCCGCUGCUGCUGCUGCAGCCGCUGGACAAAAUGCCGCUGCCGCCGCCGCUGCUGCUUCCUCUUCUUCAUUCGGCCCAUUGAUCUACAAUUCUUUCCCAUACACUAGCCAAUACACCUAUUUUCCAUCCGUUUUCCCUUCAUAUUACCCAUCAGUGUCCUACGGUUUCCCUUCAUAUUAUUACGGAUCUUACCAACCUUUUGGAUUCGGUGGAUCUGCUGCCGCUAGCGCUGCCGCCGCCGCUGGACUUUCCGCUGCCUCUGCUGGAGCCUCCGCAGGAAGCUUUGGUGGACUUUUGACCGGAGGUUACGGACCUACCUAUCCUAAAAAGGUCUACUAAACUGUCCGUGUUUCAAAUCGACUCACACAAAAUCCUGUUGCGGCUUACGACUUCAAAUUGGAAUAUGGUUUUUAUUCUUGUGAUAUUUGUUUGUAAUAAAAGAAAGCAAACUUAA